GGGCCACCAUCACUGGAGCCCCCCGUGCCCACAGGUGGCCCUACAACGGAGCCGUGAGGAUGAGGGGCCGGAUCCCCCCCGCGCUGGGUCUGGCCAUGGCCGUGGCCGCGCUGCUCCCCCCCCCCGCCGGCGCCCGCCGCAGCCAGGACCUGCACUGCGGAGCGUGCCGGGCGCUGGUGGACGAGCUGGAGUGGGAGAUCUCCCAGGUUGACCCCAGGAAAACCAUCCAGAUGGGCUCGUUCCGCAUCAACCCCGACGGCAGCCAGUCCGUGGUGGAGGUGCCCUAUGCCCGCUCGGAGGCCCAUCUGACGGAGCUGCUGGAGCGGGUGUGCGAAAAGAUGAAGGAAUACGGGGAAAAAACGGAUCCCUCCACACACCGGAAAACUUACGUCCGGGUCAUCUCCCACGACGGGACCAAGAUGGACCUUUCCGGGGUCAAAAUUGAUGGAGAUGUCACUUCCAGCCUCAAGUUUGCGUGUGAGAGCAUCGCUGAGGAGUAUGAGGAUGAACUCAUCGAAUUCCUGUCUCACGAAGCCGACAACGUCAAGGACCGGCUCUGCAGCAAGCGCACGGACCUGUGCGACCACGCGCUCCACAUCCCGCACGACGAGCUGUGACGCCGGUGGCACCCCCGGGGGGGGGGACGGUGCCACCCCCAACCACCGGUGACCUCGUGGGACCAGGACGGCACCGGGACCCCCCCGUGUCCCCCCCAGGAGACCCCCCCUCGCCCGCUCUGCUGCUCUCGGCCUAUUUAUUCACCGUCCGUCCGUGGGGCCAGGGACACAGGGACAUCGGCCCCGCUCCCCACCGGGACGUUUCACGGGGGGGACACACGGGGGGGACACACGGGGGACACCGGGUUUCAGGUGCCCCCACCGGGAUGGGGUCUUGGGGGACCGGGGCCGGUUUUGGGGCCCCCCCUCCCUGGUGCUGGCAAUAAAGGGGUGUCGCGGUGGCCGAGGGCA